CUCUUCUUGCCCUAGUCUUCACCCCGACAGUACGUAUUCCGCGGCCACAACCCCCGCUUUUGUUCGUAUCCAGCGGCUCCACAGACUGCCCGCUUUUUCUGCCCCACUCGAAUAUGGGCAAGCUUCUCUCCGGCUCGCUAGGCCUUGGUGCCGUGGGCAUCGCCUCGUAUUUCUGGGGCAAGCCGUCCACGCCAGAACCCGUAGAAAUCGUUGCGGCCAGUAGUCACGCCACCGGCGGCGCAGUUGCAAGCCCCGGCGGCCCGGGCAUUUCCGGGCCGUCGCCCGUGCAGCCCGACGCCUUCUACAAGUACGGGUUUCCGGGCCCCGUGCAUGACCUCAACAAGCACGCCGAGUUUGUCACGUGCUACGACCGGGCCAAGCGGAACCCCUACUGGGUGCUCGAGCACAUAACCAGGGACUCCAUCAAGCGGACCGACGGCGUGGACCGCAAAAAGUCCGUUUUUCGCGAGGACGAGGCGGUGCCGUUGAAGUUCCGGGCCCGGCUCCGGGACUUCUUCCGUUCCGGCUACGACCGGGGCCACCAGGCGCCGGCGGCCAACGCCAAGUUUGACCAGCAUGCCAUGGACGAGACGUUUCUCUUGUCCAACAUGUCGCCGCAGGUGGGCGACGGCUUCAACCGCGACUACUGGGCGCAUUUCGAGGACUUUGCCCGCCGGCUCACGCAGAAAUACGACGACGUGCGCAUCAUGACGGGCCCGCUCUACUUGCCCAAGUUGGGCGACGACGGCAAGUACCGCGUCACGUACGAGGUCAUUGGCCUGCCGCCAAACGUGGCGGUGCCCACGCAUUUCUUCAAGCUCUUGGUGGGCGAAAACGCCGGCUCUGCGGCCGUGGCCGUGGGAGCGUUUGUGUUGCCCAACGAGCCGAUCGACAAUGCCCAGCCGUUGACGCUGUUCCAGGUGCCGGUGGAGGCGUUGGAGCGCAGCACGGGGCUCGAGUUGUUGCACAAGGUGCCGUACUACAACAAGAAGGACUUGUGCCAGGAGACGCGGUGUGAGAUCAUAGUGCGUGAGUUUCCGAAACAGGUGAGCGGGCUCUUGCCCAGCGGGAAGUAGAGCGGGGCCUAGAGGGACGGCGAUCCACGUGGCCGGAUAGUGAUGGAUGCGAGUCAAGAGAUGAUGGAGUGAUGGAGUGAGAGUCAAGAGAUGAUGGAGUGAUGGAGUGAGAGUAAAGAGAUGUUGGAGUGAUGGAUGAGAGUCAAGAGAUGUCGGAGUGAUGGUCGAGAUGUUUGAAGCGAUGUUGAAGAUGUCUCGAGCGAUGCUAGGCAGAUUUCUGAAAUGAUGCCCUUACAGUACUCGGAGAUGUUUCAAGACAUCCUUGGCGAAAAUGAGCAGAUCUCAGAUGAAAUUGUACAUCGAAAGGGGUCCAAAUGUCUGCCAUGCUCUUUGAUGUCACAUACUAAGCUCGUCUCAGCAUCACGCAUUCUCCAAUAACCAGCUGUUCAUAUACCUUGCGGCCGCCAAAAAUUCCAGUAUAUUCAUAAAAAAGAAAAUAUCUCAUAUGAUUAC